UCAGUCAGUCAUUCGAGAAGUGUUUGGAGGCUUGAUUCGGAGUUUUACAUUUACUUCACAUACUUUCGAUUUAGGGUGAAUCAUGUCUGUCAACGGCGAGCUUGUAAACCCGGACGAGGGGAGCAGAAUGAGCGAAGCUGCUGCGGAGCUGAAGAAAUACAAGGAUCUCAUGGAGUCUGCAGACAAUGAGAAAUCCAGACUGCUGCUGGAAAAAGCUGAAGCAGAGACUGAAAAGAAAAGAACCGAGGCAGAACUUCAGAGCUUCAUGGACUCUGAAGACAACAUUUCUGAGCGGUUUAAUAGAGAUCUUCUAGAAGUACAGGAGGAGAGGGAGAGUCUGGAUCGAGCCAACCAGGAUCUGAAGAGAGAUCUUUAUGAUCUUCAGAAGAAGCUCCAGCUCAAGAGGGACGAAAGUGACUCUCUGCGACGCAAAUUCAAGAUAGAAGCCAGAAUCCCAGUGAAACUAGUGAAGUUUGCUCGUGUGCUGGAGAGAGAGGAGGCCGAAGAUCAGGUGGAGUCUAAGUUCACCGUCACACAAACACCUUCAUUUCUGCUGAAGAGUGGCCAGGCGCUCAUCACCUUUGAGGAGGAGAAGGUGGCGGAGCAGAUCCUCCGAUUGGCCAAGUGUUCGGUGGCCUGUGACAAAGCCAAGAUAGAGGUGAAGCCGUACACUUUAACUCUGGAUCCCUCCGUGAAGUUUGAGGUUCAUAUCCAGGUGUCAAAGAAGAGCGUCAGGUUCUGUAACGCCCCGCCCACUUUACCUGAGGAGCGAAUGAGAGACCGGCUGGAGCUGUCGUUCUCCAGAGCGAGUCGCGGCGGAGGGGAAGUGGAGAAGCUGGAGUACCACAAGGAUACGGGCUCGGGCCGCGUCACUUUCCUCAGCACCGGAGUUGCAGAGAAUCUGGUUCACAGAGGAAAGUUUUGUGUCGACGCCGGCAGUGACGUGGUGCUCGAUGUUCUUCCUCUGUAUGAGUAUCAGCUCAGGAAGUUUCAGACGUACUCGGGGGCUCCGAGUCGCACCGUGCUGCUGGGGGGAAUCCAGGCACUGAUGAAUGAAGAAGAUCUUCAGGACCAUCUGGAGAUCCACUUCCAGAAGCCCAGCAACUACGGAGGAGAGGUGGAGAACAUCAAAUACGUUCCUGAUGGAGCUCAGCUGACGGCUUUCUUCAGCGAGGACGGCAAAGAAAAGGAAGACUGAGUUCAGAAUGCAACAAAAGCCAGGGUUUACUUCAAAUCAGUGAUGCAUUAGUCAUAUUUACAUGCUGUUGUGUAUGUGGGAUUUUUCCGUUUUUCCUCUAGAUUAUAAUAACCAUAUCUCCUCACUAUCUUCUGUAACAAUAUGACAAAACUGAGCAUCAUAAAAUAAAAUUAUAAUUGAAACGGAUAAAGUUGAUUUGCUGCUCAGAUCAUCAGCCUGAUGAAGAUGUGUUGAUGUACAAAUGCUAUACUAAAAUAAAGUUUAUUCUAAUGUU